CUUCCCUUGCUCUGUCCCUGUGUCCAAGAGAUUUGCUCUUGCCUUCACCAGCCCUGCAAGCUUGCAUAUGCCUCCAGAGUUCGAAGGCGCCGCGCCCACACACUGACCCCUGGCAUGUGAAACAAGCAUCUUGAGGAAAAGCAGUUGGGAAGUGAGAUAUAACACUCACACAGUCCGGCUCUGUCCAAGCCCAGUUGCCUUUUGCACCCGCUGUCGACCUCCUUCAAAGCAAGCUUCUCUACAGACCCGACACUCGUGGUGGCCGCACCAACAGACUCGACGAUGGCCUUCCAGUCAGCAGCCAGCAUGUCAUGGCCGUCAGGCUCUCUUUUCAGGUUCCCACCGAAUCCUAACUCGGGGUUUAUCCCGCCGCCGCCCGCUGGCAGCACACCCUCUGCCCCACCGGUUACUAUCCCAGACAGCAUCUACCACGCCGCGCUCGACCCGCGGCUCCCCAUUACGGUCGCGGUCGUCUACGCCGUUUCCGCCAAGGCGCUCAACGCCUACAACAGGUCCACGGGCAAGAGGCCCUGGGCCAUCAGCAAAACACUCGCCUUCCGCUGCUUUGUGAUACUGCACAACGUCUUCUUGGCCCUCUACUCAGCAUGGACGUUCUUGGGCAUGCUCCGCACCCUGCGCCGCGCGGUGGUCAGCCCGCGCGGGCCCCUGGGCUUCUCGGGCUUCCUUGAUUCUUUGUGCCAGCUUAACGGACCCCGCGGUUUGGGUAACGCUGCUUUCUUUGACGACGAGACGAAUUCGUGGCGCUCAUACUCGACGGAGCCGGUCUUGAACCAGGAUGGCGUCCCCAGCCGGCUCGCUGCCGGGCGCAUCUGGAACGAGGGCCUCGCCUUCUACGGCUGGCUCUUCUACCUGAGCAAGUUCUACGAGGUGUUCGACACCCUCAUCAUCCUCGCCAAGGGCAAGCUCAGCUCGACCCUCCAGACCUACCACCACGCCGGCGCCAUGCUGUGCAUGUGGGCUGGUAUGCGGUACAUGGCGGUGCCCAUCUGGAUCUUCGUGUGCUUCAACUCGUUUAUCCACUCCAUCAUGUACACGUACUACACCGCGACAGCGCUCAAUAUCCGCGUGCCCAUGUUCAUCAAGCGCACGUUGACCUCGCUGCAAAUUACCCAGUUCGUCCUGGGCACCUCGGCCGCCAUGGUGCACUCGUUCAUCAACUACACCAUCCCCGUCAGGACCAACUCGCAGACCGACAUCGGCCUUGCCCCACCCGCGAUCAACGGCUCCGGCGGCGCCGCUACCGAGCUGGACAGUCUCCUCGACGUCGAGGGUGCUUAUGACCGACAGGUCAUGCCCUGCAUCACAUCGAGUGGCGAGACCUUCGCCAUCUGGCUCAACGUGGUCUACCUCCUGCCCCUCACGUACCUCUUCAUUUCGUUCUUCGUUGAAAGCUACAUCCGCCGCGGCAACACGAGGCAGUCCAGCAAGCGAGGCGCCGAAGGCAGCGCCGCGGCUGCCGUCCGCCACCUGAGCAACGACGUCCACUCGGCGGGCUGGGAGGCCGCCCAGAAUGUCAACCGCGAGAUGUACGAGGAAAGCGCGGAGGACGAGGCGGUCAGCGCCGAGGGGAACCAAGCCAAUGGCCGUGUUGCUGCGAACGGCCGGGUGUUACGCCGUCGGCAUUAAGCUUCCUGGCCUCAGUGGAACAAACAUGGGAAGUACGAACCGAAAAGCAAACGACACUCACAUCCAAAUCGCGAAGCACGUUGCUCAACAAGCAAGUUCGAAGCUGCAAGAUACCUCAGUCACCGGUCGACACUUACCGAGGAGGACAAGCCAGGUGUUCUGAGGAACACGUUGGCGGAACGGGACAUGGACAAAGCGGGUGGAACAGACUUGACUGCUCAAACCCACUAAGUCCAGCCCCGUUCAUGAAUCAUGGAUGAGACCAUGAACGUAUUACGGCGAUGACGAAGCCUGAAAGAGGUGCACGGCAGCAUGGAGUAUGGGAUCAAUCUAACGCGGAUUCGGACGGGAAGAAGUAAUUGGAUUGGACUGGGGGAGGUGAUUCCUCGGCUAUCAGCCUUUGUCUGAGGUUUUUCUUUUAAUCGGACCGGAUCAUGAGGGACGCUAAGCAUCGGGGGUGGGAGGGGGAGCAAGGUGCAUUGCGCUGCGUUGCGUUUCUGGCUGCCUUCUGCUUUUUACACUGCUACUAGAGCGGGUUGAUCCGUGUCAGGGGAGUUAGGGGAAGGCAAAGUCAUACCUGGAAACGGAGAAGAAAGGUUUAAGUUUUGAAUCGUAAUGUGUAUUUCUAAGUUUCGAGUUCCAGCCAGGC